AGGAAUAUGCAGCCUUGAUCCUACACAUUAUCCUUUAAAUUUGUUGAGUAAUGGGCCAACUGGUUUACACUGUUAUGAUACAUAAACCUUCGGAUGAAAGUCAGGGAGUCAAGCCAGCAACCCCACUUGUGAAUUAAAUGUAUCAAUCUCAUAUAUUGUUUAUUUAAUUUGGCAUCUAUAUAUAGCCACCCACAUGGGCAAAGCAUAAUCAUUCAUAUUCAAGUUCAAAUAGCCUUCUUCUUCUCCAAAAGCUUCAACGAGACAAUACAGAAAAGAGAAUGAACUACUGGUCAGCUGAAAACGCCACUGAAGCUUACAUCAAAACCAUGAAAAUGGGUAAGAGAGCUAAUGAACCAGAUGUUGCAGAGUUCAUAUCGGCCAUUGCAGCCGGAAAUAACGCUCAACUCAUGGUGGUUGCAUGUGCUGAGGCGGCCGGCUCCACCAUCCAAGGCCUCAUUGCUGCAUCUCAUCAAACUGGUGGCAGGCUGAUCUGCAUCGUGAAGGGAAUCGAGGAGCUUCACUCUUCCAAGCAAGCUCUUAGCUCAGAUGCGAACCAAGUAGAGUUUGUUGUAGGAAAUGCUCAAACUCUCUUGUCAAAUGACUACAAAUCUGCCGAUCUUGUAGUUAUCGACUGCAAUCUAGAGAAUCAUGAAGGGAUUUUGGGAGCGAUACAAACCGAAAGAGAAAAGAGUACGAUUGUUUUGGGGUAUAACGCUUUUUGGAAAGAUUCCUGGGUUUGGAGCAGAUUAAACAGUCACUUGUUGCCGAUUGGAGAAGGGUUGCUAUUGAUGAGAAUCGCCGGACGGUCUGUUAAUGGUGGUGGCAAGAACGGUGGCCACGGCGGCAACAAGGGCGGGAGGCCAAGUCAUUGGGUGGUUAAAGUAGAUAAAUGCACGGGCGAAGAGCAUGUUUUUCGGAUCAGAUCACCAGGUGGUAGAGUUGUUCGGGCAUGAAAUUUCUACAUUCUUGUUGCCUUGUUGAAGCUGUUCAUCCGUAAAUGUAUAUAAUCAUAUAUAGCUUAUACAUAAUCGACUUCUGGGUGUUAAUUAGAUCACCAGAAAGAUUAUCAAUCUGUACUUACUGUCGAUUAUGGAAUUUGCGCUAUUUUAGAACUUAGUUUUAAUGAAAUUUUGAUUAAGAAGUUUUGUAUAUCAUGAUUCAUCGUAUGGGUCAUUAUUUCGUGGGUUAAUAUUUAAAAUAAUUAUUUUCAAA